AUGUCCGGUUCCACAUGGCGAGGCACCCAACUCCGACUUGCAGAAGCUCGUCCUUCAUAUACUACCAGAUUGGAAGCAGAACGUCGUAUCACACCUGAAGCCAAAGCCAAGAAAGCAGACCGAAGACUUCGGCGGAUGAUAGCAGAAGAAGAUUUAGGUAAAAUGGCACAAGAUCAGAGACUUGUCACUUUCCAAAAUUAUCAAACGAAAAAGUUUUGGCAAUUGGCAGAUGGGCAUCUCAUCAGACCAAUGUGUAUGAGACCUUUACGACCGAUCCCUCAUGUAGGAACGAAAAUAGGAGACACCAAGAAAAGUAGACCGCCAUUAAGAGCGAGAAGAAGAGUGAUCGAUCCCCUGAAAUAUGGACAUAAACAUCUUCACGAGGUAGAAAUACUUGGAGACAGCUUAUGCGAAGAGAAAGUGAAUGUGGACGUUUUUGAAGAAUGGGUGUAUGAGGAUGUUGAGGAUGAAGAAGAGAGUGAAGAGGUGGGAUCGGGUAAAUGGAAGAGAGGUGAAGAAGAAGAAUAUGUAAAGGUGAAACGUCGAAGGAUUCAGGUGAUAGAUGUGGAAGAAGAAAGUCUUGAGGAUAUAUCCCAGGGCGAGGGAAGAAGAAGUAUAUCACCUUUAUUUUCAACGAGGGAAUACAGAGACUCGUCCCCUUUGUUCUCUCAACAUGAUCAUCACAACCUAUCUACACCAUCUUCCGAACUUGAUCACCAACGACGCAACUCUCUCAGUCCUGCGACGCAAGAAGUACAGGAAAAUGACGAACAAGAGAAUCCACCUAUAUCCAUUCCGCAGAGUUCCCCUCAUCGGGAUUCACCUUUAUUCCCUACCCAAAGUUUCGCCAGCCAUUCAAUCACUCAACAAUCCCCACCUCCGUCCUCGGUCGCUGGUAGACUUCCCACCACUUCACCCGUCCCGCCCAUCUCUCAGACUCCGGCGAUGGGUAAGACGCAUGUACCAUCUGAAAUUCUUCAAGCCGCUACGAUCGAAAAACAACGUGAUCUCUCCCUUCUCGCUUCUCUCCUGGGUGAUAUAUCAUCAUCACCCCUCUCUCCCGUUCGAUCAGUAAUUCAUGUAUCCGACACAGAGACGGAAGAAGAUGAUUACGAAGUGGAACACCCACGUACAAAACAAGAACAUUUAUUAUUUACAGAGAUGAACGAUGUGUCUAUGCUCUUAGAUCUCUCUCCACCUACUCCACUUACUCCACCGUCUCUCUUCGAAAACUUCCCGCAGGCGCUGCCUGAUCUCCUCAGCAAUAAGGGGGAGUCAGGGGGGAAAGACCUCAUGUCACUCUCGGGACGGACGGAUGAGGGAUUGCAUACCGAGCCAAACGAUGGAACGGGGUCAGACUCUACAAAACCUGAAAAAGAUAAUGACGGUGAUGAUUCGAUGUCUGAGAAAUCGGGAUCUGAAGGUGACGAUGCGGACAAGGCAUCUGAUGAAGAGGAGAAUACGGACGACCAUGACGAGUCCGAUAAAUCUGAAGAAUCUGAUGAUAACGACGUCAAUGAGGAAAAUCCCUCUGACUCCGACACAGACACUGAUUCCGAUGAUAGUUCUGACUCUCAAGAUUCCGACACUUCGGAUUCAGAUAGCGAUAGCGACUCGAAUUCAGACUUUGAUCCAAAUGAGGAGAAUGAGGAGGAGGAGGAGGAGGAGGAGGAGGGGGAGGAGGAGGAGGAGGAAGAGGAGGAGGAGGAGAACAAUGUCUCAGAGAGUACCAAACCUCCUAAUGAACACAUUCCCUCUAUCAACACCAAACCCACCUUGAAAGAUCUCUUCGCACCUUCCGCCGGUACUUCCUUCUCUCUCGCCCUGAAUGCAGACAUAGAACCAGAAGAAGAUCUCGACAUCAUCCUUCCACUUCCUCCUCUUGUCGAACACGAUGACCAAAGACAAGUGAUGGAAAUUGCCCCAAAGAGCCUAUAUGAUCCUUCUGCUGAACUACCCAUGUUCUUCCCCCCUUCACGACCUCAGAACGUUAUGCAAAGUCAUUUGAAGAAAGCCGAAGUCCCUACCAGAGCCAUGUGGGCGAGGGAGGGUGGGACGAGGGAAGAUUACGGGAUGAUGGAAGAUGAGGUGGCUGGUGAAGAAGGUUUUUGGAGACAGGAGACAGAUGCUGAGAUGGAGGAGAUUUGGCAAAGAGAUAAGUUGGAUUUGACUAGGGAAUGGAAGACCAGACAUCGAGAUGCUAGAAAACAACGAAAGAGAAAGGGGGUGCAGGAUGUGGAGUAG